AUUUGGUUCAUUUGACUUGUACAUCUUCUAAAACAGCAAGAGAAGAUUUAGAAGCAGUUGUGGAGAAAUUGUUUACUCCAUAUACAGAAACAGGGAUAGAAAAUGAAGAAGUUGAAAAGCCAAGAAUUCUGUGGGCUCUCUAUUUCAAUAUGAGAGAUUCUUCCGACAUCAACAGGAACUGUUAUAAUGAUUUACCAUCCAAUGUUUAUGUCUGCUCUGGACCAGAUGGUGGUUUAGGAAAUGAUAAUGCAGUCAAACAGGCUGAAACAAUUUUCCAGAGUAUAUGCCCCAAUGAAGACUUCUGUCCACCCCCACCAAAUCCUGAAGAUAUUGUCCUUGAUGGAGACAGUUCACAACCAGAGUCUUCAGAAUCCAGUACCAUUCUAGAAGCCAACUCAGAGACUCCCGCAGAAAGCACAACCCUGGGAAACCCAGAGGAGACCUCUGAAUAAAGGCUAUAUACCAAACUCAAUACUCCACUUUGGAAGUUCCCAUGGGCUCCACAAUCUUCUUGAUGUAAAAAAAACUUUUAGAAGUCAGCAGCCAGUUGACAUGCAGAAUUAUAAGAAGCAACAGGUCAAAGAAAUCCAUAAGGGAAUUUUCCUUAAAAGAGGACAUUCCAGUAACACAAAGCACUUAUAAAGCACAUUGACUUACUUGCCUAUUUUAAAUACAAAAACCUAUGAAAUUAACCAGAUAAAAAUUAUAAAUGAACUGAUUCCUGGGAAUAUAACUAUGGAUUUAAAAGUAAUCCUAUGCAUUGUUAAUAAUUUUGUGGUGUUAGGACAACUUCUUUUUGCCACUUUGGAUCAUUUUUAAAAGCUACACCUUCAGAAUCAGCUCACAUAUCUCCUUUGAUUAUUUAUUAAAAUUACAGAUAUGAGCAUAUGAGAAAACAUAAAAGCAUAUGUAAAUUCAGUGGAGAAAAACUGAAGCAUCAAGAUCCAGGCCGAAGUAUGUGUUUGGAAUAAAAGUUUGUUUUCUGUGUUGACAACAAUAUAAAAUGCCAAUAUUAAGAUAUUUAGGCACUUUUACAGACAAACCUAAAGUCCAUUACUCAGUAAUGUUUUAAAAUACUAGUAAUAAUAUUUAUAUGUGAAUCUUCUACACACUGGAAAAAGCUCAAUCAUGAAGUAUUGAAAGAAUGAAAGAAAAGGUUUAGAUAGGAUCCCUGAUAUUUGGAAAUUCUAUGGCAUCAAGUAACUGGAACACUAUCCUAAUUGUCUACAGACCUAAUUUAGUCAGAGCUGUGCUACUGAUAUUAGGCAAAUUGUUUUAUCUUCUGAAACUGUUUCUCAAUAUGUAAAGAAGAAACAAUAAUCUGCCUACUGUGUGACAGUGAUUAUGAAGAUGAAAGCAAUGCCAUCCUUAGACUGUUUUUUUCUGGAAAAUUUUGUUUCAAAAUUUUCUCAUUGACUUGGGACUGAAUAUCAAAAAACCUUGUGCAGAAAAUAAUUGCUUGUCAUAAAAAUAGAUCAUGUUUUUGUAUUAAGCUUUUUAAAUGAAUAUUUGUGUCUGAAAUUAGUAUUUAGUAGUCUUUAUAGACCAGUAAACAUAGUAACACAUGGAUUUCUAAUUUUGAAAUAUAAGUAAGGCAAACACUCUGUAAAUUCUUCAUAUUCCUUUUCUGAUAGGUAGGCCUGAAACCAUAAAGGUCUCUGAAUAGAGUGUAACAUUUGGUAAACCCUAAUACACACUCCAAAUAAAUAUGAGAGUGUAUACAUAGGCAGCAAAUCUACAUACAGCAACAGUGCCUGCAUUUAAAUUUUCCUAAUUCCAAGCUCUGAUGGUUUACUUCUUUUGAGCAAUAGUUUUAACUUAGAACUGCUUGUAAAUAAAUAAACAGACUUGAAGCCUCUUGUCACAUAGUUUGGCUUUUAUUGCCUCUCAGGGAGCUAUGGCUCCAGUGGAAAGCACAUAGUUCUUACACACUUCAGCUGCAAAUGGUCCCUGACCUCUUGUUCUGGAAAAGGUCUUGAAGCUAGUUGUGACAGUAAUAGAUUCCUGGGAAAUGGAAAGAACCAAGGAAUGUAGCUCUUGCUUCACCUUUCCAACCCCCACAUAUAGAGCAGAAUCCAGAGGAAAGGAAAACUUUCUAGCCUCUCAGGCUGUUCCUGUCCCCUCCUCUCAUUGUACAGCACCUCCCCUAUCUUACUUGCCCUCUCUUUCUCUCUUUCCCCCUUUUAUAAUGUCACACACAAAUCAGGGACAGUAGAAUCACAUUAUAACAUAAUUUGUUAUAAGGAUUCAGGUCUUUUUUGAACUCAAAUCAUGUUUUUUGAAGCCUAAUUAGGACAAUGCACUGAAUGCUUAGUACAUACCCAUAAGUAUACCAGGAAUUGGUCCUGCCCUUCAAUACCAGCAAUAUACAAGCUUCUACUAUAUGAGAAUAUUAAAUAUGAAUAUAAUUGCAGUAAGUUGUACCAAUCAAGAUAUUACACUUUUUUUGUAAUCUUAGAGUUAAGGCUCUCCUGAAUGCAGAUGCACAUUUAUGUAAACAGACAACCAGGGUAGGCCUAAUAUAACUAAAAAAUAAAUAUUAGAUAGCCUUAAUGCAGCUGUCUAUAUAUAGAACAAGAAGCUAAUUUUUACUCUCAUGGCCCAGCCCACAUUGUACCAUAUUUCAUCUGUUCAACAAUAUCAGAGUCUCUCUUCCAUGCCAUUUACUAAAUAAUAUAGAAAUGUUUAAAACUUCUGAGUAUGAUUUGUGAUGAAUACAAUACUACACAACUGCUAAGAACCUUAUUACAGAAUUCUAGCUAUUUCUGGUUGCCUCAGAAUGUAAUAGAUAUUAUUUAAGAGCUUUCUCUUCAGUUAUCUUAAUACUUAAAGUACUUGUUUCUGUAGAUAUUAAAUCGAAGUAAAAAAUUUUGAUUUUGUUGCAAAACUUUAAACAUGAAGGCAUAAGAAUAAAAUUUAUGUACAUAGUUAGAAAAAAUUUCAGUAGCUAAUUAAAAAAUUUGAAAAAUUUUAUUAAAGACUUGAAUAUUUAAAUAUUUACUUGUGCAUGCUUAUUAACCAAAAAUGAUAUAUUCAGUUUAAUGAUUCAUAAGAGCAUUAAUAACUAAUUCUUGAAUGCUUCUGUAUUUUAUUUCUAGUUGGUGUGCCUGCCCAAGAAAACAUAUAAUUAUAAUGAAGGUCAAUUUAUAUAUUUUUCUAUAGUGAAAUGGCCAGUUAAUGGGUAACUUCUAGAAUAGUGGUAGUUUCUCAGAGUGGCAGUCAUUUGUCCAAAAUAAUAGCCUUGAUUAUUUAAUUUUUAUUAUUGAUGAUAAUGAUUUAUUCUGUCAAGGCCAAACUUCCCUGGAUUGGCUGCCCUUGGUCUAAACUCCUGAAAAAUUCCAAAACAAUUGUUUAGAAUUGAUAAAUAGUAGUGAUCAUUAAAACUUAAAUUGUAAUUCUGCAAAUCAGUUGUUUACUGCUACCAGUAUUGAAUAAUUUGUCUUAUUCUCAGUAAAUUUUGUCAAAUUCCAAAAAGCAUGAAUCUAUAUAUAUGGUCAUUUAUGAUUUGUAUACUGUAACAAUUUUCAGAGGAAAUAAAGACUUCAAUGCCCUUCA